AUUAGUUGUAAGGAAUUUCUGAAAACCUUAUCGACAUCGAAAGUAUCGACAGUCGCACCACUAGCAUUUUGUUGUCAAACUUGUCAUUCAAAGGUCACCUUGAUGAAGUUCAUCUCUGACAGAUUCAAAUUCAAAAAGAUUUUGUAAUUCAGGUUUGGUGUCGGGGGAUAUUUAACCCUUCAGGAUGGAUGUGACGGCAACGCAAAGGUUUAUUGAGAGGGGGUCCCAUAAAGGGAAGGGGCUCGCAGUGUUUACGAGCGGAGGUGACUCCCAGGGCAUGAAUGCUGCGGUGCGUUCAGUGGUUCGAAUGGGUAUUUACUUGGGAUGCAAAGUAUACUUUAUUCGCGAAGGUUACCAGGGCAUGGUGGACGGAGGGGACAACAUUGAGGAAGCUAACUGGUCUUCUGUGAGCUCCAUCAUUCAUAAAGGAGGUACCAUUAUUGGUUCAGCCCGAUGCAUGGAUUUCAUCAAAAGAGAGGGUCGCCUGAAAGCUUCCUAUAACCUUGUUACUCGAGGCAUUACUAAUCUGGUCGUCAUCGGAGGUGAUGGAUCUCUGACUGGAGCUAACCUCUUCCGUCAGGAGUGGUCGAGCCUUCUUGACGAACUGCUGGAAAAUAAUAAGAUCACCAAAGAUCAAAGAGAGAAAUACAAAUUCUUGCACAUUGCAGGAAUGGUUGGUUCAAUUGACAAUGAUUUCUGUGGUACGGACAUGACCAUAGGCACGGACUCAGCUCUGCACCGGAUUAUCGAGGCUAUUGACGCCAUCGUGAGCACGGCAUACUCACAUCAAAGAACUUUCAUCAUGGAGGUCAUGGGUAGACACUGCGGUUACCUGGCCCUUGUGGCCGCUCUGGCGAGCGAGGCAGAUCAAGUAUUCAUUCCCGAGGACCCUGUUCCCAAUAAUUGGGUUGAAAAGCUUUGCAAACGAUUGACUCAGGAAAGGAAAUCGGGCCAGCGAUUAAACAUCAUCAUAGUGGCAGAGGGAGCCAUCGACCGCGAGGGCAAGCCCAUCACCGCUGAACUCGUGAAGAAAGUGGUCGUGGACAACCUGCAGCAAGACACGCGCAUCACUGUGCUGGGUCAUGUGCAGCGCGGAGGUUCGCCUUCGGCUUUCGACAGGAUUCUGGGUUGCCGCAUGGGAGCAGAGGCGGUGAUGGCGCUCAUGGAGGCCACCCCAGAAACCGAGCCGUGCGUGGUGACCCUGGACGGCAACCAGGCUGUACGCCUCCCCCUCAUGGAGUGCGUGCGACGCACUAAAGCGGUCGCUCAGGCCAUGGCAGACAAGAACUGGGACCUAGCGGUUCAGCUGCGUGGUCGCAGCUUUGCUCGCAAUUUGGAGACCUACAAGAUGCUGACGCGUCUAAAGCCUCCCAAGGAGGCCUUCGACGCCGCCGGAAAACCUGCCGAGGGCUAUACACUGGCAGUUAUGCACGUCGGCGCACCCGCGUGCGGUAUGAACGCGGCCGUGCGCUCUUUCGUGCGCAACUGCAUCUACCGCGGCGACACCGUGCUCGGCAUACACGAUGGCGUCGAGGGCUUCAUCAGCGGCAACAUCGUCAAGAUGGACUGGUCGGAUGUAACGGGCUGGGUGGCACAGGGCGGCGCGUUCCUGGGCACUAAGCGCACGCUCCCCGGGGACAAGAAGGCCGAGAUGGCCGCUCGCAUCAAGCAGUUCAACAUCCAGGGCUUAUUGAUCAUCGGUGGAUUUGAGGCGUACCAAGCAGGCUUGGAGCUAUACGAAUCCCGUCACCAAUUCGCCGAAUUCAACAUCCCCCUGGUGGUGAUCCCAUCAACCAUCAGCAACAACGUGCCCGGCACUGACUUCUCUCUAGGAGCUGACACAGCCCUCAACGAGAUCACUGAGAUCUGCGACCGCAUCCGCCAGUCCGCACAGGGUACAAAACGUCGUGUGUUCGUCAUUGAAACCAUGGGUGGAUAUUGCGGCUAUUUAGCUACCUUAGCAGGUCUAGCCGGUGGCGCCGACGCUGCCUACAUCUAUGAAGAAAAGUUCUCCAUCAAGGACUUGCAGCAAGACGUUUACCACAUGGCGUCUAAAAUGACGGGCGGCAUUCAGCGCGGUCUCAUCCUGCGUAACGAGAAGGCUAACGACAAUUACAACACUGACUUUAUCUACCGGCUCUAUUCGGAGGAGGGCAAGGGACUGUUCACAGCUAGGAGCAAUGUGCUGGGUCACAUGCAACAAGGCGGCUCCCCGACCCCGUUCGACCGCAACAUGGGCACCAAGAUGGCCGCCAAGUGCCUGCACUGGCUGGUGGAGACGCUGCAGCGCGGGCCCGCCACCGGCGCCGACACGGCCUGCCUGCUCGGCAUCGUCAAGCGCCAGUACAAGUUCACACCCCUCGAGGAUCUCAAGGCUCAGACCAACUUUGCCCAAAGAAUACCAAAGCAGCAAUGGUGGAUGAAACUGCGUCCCCUACUUCGUAUUCUGGCGAAGCACGACUCCACUUACGAAGAAGAAGGAAUGUACAUGACCGUUGAACAAGGAGAGAUUGACUCAGAAAAUGUCAUUUAAUUUUAUCUCAAUGGGAUUCGUAAUUCGAAUUUUCAAGUUUAGAACUUAGCUGCCACCGCGUCACCGAUACUAAGACUUAACACGCACUGCGAUUCAUUUCUUGCGGUUACAGAACCGCAAAAAUGUUAACAUACGACAUGCUUCAUAAGCGCACACACUACUUGCAGGACUGAAACCGCAAGAAAUUAAUCGCAGUGUGUUCUAAGCCUUACAGCUUUACAUGUAGGUAGAUGUGAAACUGUAGGAGACACACGCUGAUUAGUUUGUGAUUAUUAUUCAUAUAUUUCAAUGAGAUUCACUAGCAGAUAAUAGAUCAAUUUUACAGGAGUUAAUUAUGCGUAAAGUAUAAAAUAAAAUUACUCAUGAAACGGAUUGAAUUUAAUUAAGAUGUGUUUUACCAAAAUAUGGUAUAUCAAUUUUAUUUUAAGUAAGUACAAAUCACUUCACUCACUUGUAUUAUAAUUUAAUCAGUAACCACAGCGUAAUGAUUAACGAUUAAAAAUAGAUAACCAAACAAUGUUGAGCUGUGAAUUCAAACUUUACAAAUAUGAGGGCUGUGGAAAGACCGUGUAUUUUGCCGUUGACUUUGAUUACUAUUUCUUACGUAUUUUUUUUUUUACUGUUUAUUUUGAUACAGUAACAUAUUAUUUAAAAUUUAAUAAGCAUUACUAUGCAUGUGAAUCUAUCAAACCAUUUUAAUAUAAGUAUCAAUUUUGUAAUUUUUAAUAUUGUUAAAUCACAACUAAUCAAUUAUAAUAUCGAUAUUUAUUCGAGUGUAGUAACUUAAGGUUUUAAUGUGUAAUAGAAAAUAUAUAUUGAAAUUAAGUUUGCUAACAGUAUUUUUUUGAAAUUGUGAGGCGUUAUGAAUGUUCGUCGAUGAAUCGUUACUAUCGAUAGAGAUUAUUUAAUAUAGCAACCUAUAAAAUCAGAAAAACAGUAGGUAAAUGUUGUUAAAUUAUGUUACAUUUUAUAAUAAAUGUAUUUGGCUCUCA